ACCGUGCGUAUUUUAAAGAUUUGGUGUAAUCGCCUGGUGGUUGUAAGGAAAACAUACCAAGGUUUAUCUGCACUAUCAUGCUGAUGACAUGUCAUCACUGGGUACAGAAACAGUUGAUUACACGGAGGCCUGCACAAAAUGCCUGGCAGUAGGAAAAUUGUACAAGUCUCACUCAAACUGCCGUAACAUCAUUCUUCUUCAUACAACCCGGUCUAUUAUUUGUGCUGGAAAGAAGUCGAGGGAGCUCUUAGAAAAGAAAAAGAGAACUCUUGACAGACUCGGGAAGAUAGUCUCAGCUUGGAGGAACAGCGGAGGAGGCCAAGUUCUGAUUCAUGUAGAGGGUCAACUAUCCGAGGACAGGUGUCUGGAACAGUUUGAUGAGUUCAUUACCAAGAGUUUGUCUGAUCUCAUUGAUGAUGGAGAACUAUAUGUAGACGCAUACAGGCGCCAAUGGUUAUCUGAAAUACAGAACUUUCAAAACCAUACUGACUUCGUUUUUGUGAACGUGAAGGAAACGAGUGGGAUAGCCACUCUGGAUUUUAACACAAAAGUAAGGAACGACAUAGAAAAUGUAUCAGCAACGUCUGUCAAUCUAGCUAAAUGCAUGCUCAACAGGCGGAACAACACAGGUCCCCCAACGUCGAAAGGAUUGUGUGAAAAUAUUCAACUACUCCAUGAGUGCCGGAAUACUGAACUAAAAAGGUUACAUGUUGACAAAUUGAAGAGUCAAGUUGCAACGAACAUUUUAAGAAGCCCGUCAGAUUUCGUGGAUUAUUUAUGGCAUGAUCUCAAAUUGAAAGAUAACCUGACCUCUAUGUCCAAGAUUGAAGGAGGAGGAUCAUACUAUGUUGGGAUAAGUGAGGAUACCCUUGACAUUGAAAGUUACAGAACCAAAUUUCUUAAUAUUGACGGGUUUUGCAUCAAAUUUGAAGAAUCUGAGAUCACCACAGCCAUUAAAUCCAAACUUCAAAGUGACACAAUAGCCGUACAAAAAGGAACUUUCUGUAGAGUUAAUGACGAUUUGAUUGAAGUCAGGCUACAUCCAAUAUCUGGAACAGAGAAACGUGUUCUGGAGGUAGCUGUGCGUUGCUUUGAUGGUAUCAUCUUUAGUGACAAGGAAGGGCCAAGGACUUAUGAAGUGAAGGACAAAAAUAUUCAUCGGAUGGACAAAGCCACCUGGCUAGAGCGAUUCAAAGCCAUGCAGAAAUAGUUUAAUAGACAUUCAUCAUGGAAGGGGAGUUUGAGCUUGGUGAAAGAACUAGCGAUAGUGGCGAGAGUGAUGACUCCAGUGUGCCUAGCAGAUACAGCUCAGAAGGAGACGUUCCAUUACUGACUGAUGACGUUUUCUCUGAUUCGGAUGAUCCUGUAAAAGGAGCACAGACUUCCGGCGAUACUCUCCAGUCAGACACUGUCUCUACAUCAGAACAAAGGGAGGUUGUUGGGAUACUAUCAGCUGAAUCAGAACAGUCGUACUUCGGCAUCUUCCCAUCCAUUGUUGAAGAAGCUCUCACGAAACAGCAUGCCCACAUUGUACAGAGGCUGAGAGAGCUACCAGGCAGAAAUCGUACAGUCGUCAUCUCAGGAGGUAGCCUGCUGAAGUUGAUAGACCCAUCCUGGGAGGGCCGAGUACCUGCGUCUGCCCUGUGUGAUGCGUGUGUGUUCUCCCCGACACGCCCUGUCAUGGUGCUGACUUUCACAACUGGGGAUGAGGACAACCACAAGAACAUUCAAUACAACACCAAGUUGGCGACGUUGAUCGUACAACAUGUGAAGGUGGACACGAAGUUUGAUUUCAAUAUCAUUCAUGACACUGUCAACGCAUCUUUGUGUAAGGAGAGACAAGAUUUCCUGACGAAGAUCGAGCAAUUUGAGAAUUCAGCCAAAUGCAUCUGUUUCCCCCCCGAACUACAUAUGGACGAAGACAAAUGUAGAACCAUCAUAAAGACCUUCCUGAAAUACCUGUCUGAUGGCACUGAGUCAGUCAGACUUUCACCAUCUAUGGAGGAUAAAGUACAUGGGAAGACCAUUUCCGAGCAAGAUUCGGGGACCCAGCUUGAUGAAUUACAACAACAGUUACGUGCUCUGGAUGAGGACCAUCAACAAGUGAUCAGUGAAGUCAACCAGCAUCAUGAAGAGAAACUAUCAAAACUGAUGUAUCUGCAUGCUCAGAGAAAGGAGAAACUGGAGAAGGAAAUCGAAGAAUUAAUUCAGAAGCUUCGCCAUGCUAAAAAAGAUGAAACAUCGGAACUCCAUCAGUUGAACCUUUUUGCCAGAACGCCAAGCAAAAUGGACACCUUCCCCAAAUGUUCUGUCUGUCAGCAGCAGUUUACCCUGAAAGGCCCCGCCCCCUACCUACUGCCCUGUCUACACGCUGUGUGUGAGACGUGUGUGACAUCUGCAGCGGGUGGUGUGAUAUCAUGCUCUACAUGUCAGAGGGAAGUCAACCUCACAGAUACAAGCCUCCAGAAGGAUGCAGUGAGACAGAAGGAAAUAUUCCACCUGACAGCCAAACAUCACCCUACAGAGGUCUCCUGUUCAAAUAAUGACGGCAACCAGGCUGUGUGCUGGUGUCGGGACUGUCAAGAGCUACUUUGUGAAUAUUGCCAGAAUAUGCACAGCAGCCUAAACGUUUUCAGAAACCAUGUACUUCAAAACUUCAGUGACAUGGUACCGACUGUCUCGAACAUUCCGACAUCUUGCAGCAUCCAUAAAUACAACUCCCUGGAUCUCUUUGAUAAAAGCUGCCAGAAGUUGAUAUGUGCGAGAUGUAAAAUCCAUGAUCACGCAGACCAUGAUGUUGAGGAGUUGGAUGUAGCUGCUGAUGCUGUAACGAAACAGUUCCACUACCAAAAGAAUGAGCUAUUAAAGUUGCAGAUUCAUCAGAAUCAGAGCAUCGGAGAAGAAAUCAAAUACACUGACAGAACACACGACACUUUGAAAGAAAAUAUUGGCCACACAUUCCAGACUCUGCGAUUGCUUCUUGAUCAACGAGAGAGUGAACUUUUGACCUGUCUAGAAACUCAUACAAAGGAGACCGAGGCAACACAACAGGCACUCCCCACCACAACUGAAGAAGAUUGGGAGACAUGCAGAGAUGUUUCAGACUACAUCGACAAAGUCCUUCUCUAUGCCCCCAAAUUACACAUGCUGGAGCUGGAGAGUCGUGUAGGGGACAUAGCUCGGAGCUGCCUCAAAGAUGUUGGCUCUCAAUCACCUGCUGUAACGUCAGUUUUCCUCAACACAAACAGAUUGUCAGAGCUGAAAUCAAAUAUAUCGGUAUUUGGUGCCAUUACCACAAAUGAGGGGGACGCUGAACCUUUUAGAGACAAGGAUACCCAGACCCUUGUAUAUAAUAUGGCAGACCUGGACAGGAAACAUAAAAUGCUCAUUGCCGAGAAGGAAAACAUCGAGAAGAGACUCUCAACAAAACUGGAUUCAGGGGAGAAACGGAUUGAAAGCUACAGACUGCUCACAGACAAGCUCCAUGGAGACAUCAGUAGCCUCAAAUCGCUCAUUGCCGAGAAGGAAAACAUCGAGAAGGAAAACAUCGAGAAGAGACUCUCAAAGAAACUGGAUGUUAUACUUGGUGUGGCCAGGGAAUGUGGUAUCCAUCUGCUGAAGCCAGGGACUGUAGACAAGUCUGUGGUGCUGAAGUGUAUACCACUGAAGUAUGACAAAGACAGAGUCAAUCUCGACAAAGUCCACAUCAAAACAGAAGGAGACCUGGUCAACAGGAAGUCGGACACCAGACCUGCAGGGAAGGGGAGACUGAAGAAGUACACCGGCACAUGCAGCACUGUCCCCUUCCCCCAGGAUGGCUGUCUCCAGUACUGGGAGGUGGAGAACAGGGUCAGUCUGGACAAACUACUCUCAGAGAAACUGCUCAUCCUGGAGGUUGGAGUAUGUAGGGAGGAGCAGAGGGACGUGCAUCAUUAUAUAUAUGGCCGUCCUCACUCCUACUGUAUGACCGUCGCCCGCUGUACUAUACACGGUGGGAUAUGCAGGAUGAUAGGGAAGGAAGGGAAGCGUGUGCUGUGUCUACCUGACACUCUCCCCAACACAGCAGGGACAUCACACACACUCCAUUACGGUGUUGUCUAUGAUGAUGCCAGGAAAAAGAUUGUCUUCAUUGAUGUGAAGGAGAAGAAAGUCAUGUCGACGUUAGACAAUGUAGACUGUAGUGAACCACUGUGGCCGAUGUUCGGGGUGUAUAACGCACAUCGCCUCACUGUCAGCAUGAGACUUGUAGUUGGCAGCGACAUCAACAUGACGGAGGAGAAGAAAGCGAUGAUUGUCAAAGCGCUGUCGUGAUGGUGACAGUGAUGGUUACUAUGAACACAUGGAUACGUAGUAGAUACCUAACAGCAGCAUGAGUGAAGAGAACCUUCCUCGUGACCUUGUUGUAUGUGAGAUUCUCAAGUGUUUAUACAAACACAAACAGUGAAGCUUGUAGAAAACAUACCGCUAGUAGUGCAACUUAUGAUCUAGUACACCUAUAAACUAUUUUCCUGCACGUAGCAUGUGGAUAUCAUACGUGAGUAAUCGCAGUUAAAAUAUUCAUUAAAAACAAUAUGAUCCCUAAACAUGUCCAUUGAUCAUAACCGAACAUGUAUCGGAACAUACACUACACGGACCUGGUGAAUCCCACGGGGGUGUUUGACAUGUACUGGAACAUACACUACACGGACCUGGUGAACACCACGGGAGUAUAUGACGUGUAUGUGAACAUACACUAAACAGACCUGGUGAAUACCACGGGGGUGUAUGACAUGUAUGGGAACAUAAACUACACGGACCUGGUGAACACCACGGGAGUGUAUGACAUGUAUGUGAACAUACACUAAAUGGACCUGGUGAAUCCCACGGGGGAGCAUGACAUGUAUGGGAACAUACACUAUGCAGACUUGGUGAAUACCACGGGGGUGUAUGAUAUGUAUUAGAACAUACACUACACAGACCCGGUGAAUACAACGAGGGUGUAUGACAUGUAUUGGAACAUACACUACACAGACCUGGUGAAUACCACGAGAGUGUAUGCCAGUUUUUGUCACUCAUUGCUUCGAUAUUUGAUACAAGUGUUUUAUUUGACUUGUUUAACAGUUGACUUGUAAGUUUCACUGAGAUGAUGUCACAAUCCACAGUAGCUUAUCGUGUUAAGGCGAUAUUUAUUUUUUCUUUGUUAGAAACUGAAUGAGAAAUAUGUGUAUUGUCAAUUUGUUCAAAGUGUAUUGUUUUGUAUUGGGUUAACCCAAAACAUGUAUAUACAAGGAGCAUAUCAGAUAGAUUUUAAAAGAGCCAUUCCAACAGUAUUUAUAGGCACUUCGUCGCAAUAAUCAGAGGGAGGGAGGCAUAAUCUUGUAAUCAGACGCUCGCGUGCCAGAAAUGAAUUGUGAUAUUUCACAAACACUUCAGUGACUAUGUCUUGUGUAAAGGGAUGAUUGAUUUUAUUAGCCAGCCCCAGAGCUUGUAACUCUUGCAGAAAUAUUGUUUUGUUUCAGGAUAAGUUGACAUACCGCUUCUUGUAAGAAAUACAAGGCAGCGGUUGUAGUAAAUGUAUAUGUCUAUAUCUCUACAGUAAGGGGAUACAGAAACAUGAUUUGUUAUUUUAUCAUACUAUUUUGUAAUAUAGACAUUUGUUUGUGUACGUUAGUGGACAGUGUUCUUUUUGGCUUCCAAGAUGAGAGGCCGCUCUCCUGUGGAUAUGUAGUUCGGAAUAACCAGAAAGCUGUUUGAUACUUUUUCACUUAUUUACGCACGCGUCGUCGUACUUUAGCUAUAAUAGUUCAGGACAAAGGAGGACCUUAUUACACUAUACAUGGUGGGAGAGCGAACUGUACACAUAUACUUAUCUUGCCUUUCCUCUUGUACUGCGAAAAUGGAGUUUAGAAUAACCAGAAAGCUGUUUGAUACUUUUUGACUUCCAAGAUGAGAGGCCGCUCUCCUGUGGAUAUGUAGUUCGGAAUAACCAGAAAGCUGUUUGAUACUUUUUCACUUAUUUACGCACGCGCCGUCGUACUUUAGCUAUAAUAGUUCAGGACAAAGGAGGACCUUAUUACACUAUACAUGGUGGGAGAGCAAACUGUACACAUAUACUUAUCUUGCCUUUCCUCUUGUACUGCGAAAAUGGAGUUUAGAAUAACCAGAAAGCUGUUUGAUACUUUUUGACUUCCAAGAUGAGAGGCCGCUCUCCUGUGGAUAUGUAGUUCGGAAUAACCAGAAAGCUGUUUGAUACUUUUUCACUUAUUUACGCACGCGUCGUCGUACUUUAGCUAUAAUAGUUCAGGACAAAGGAGGACCUUAUUACACUAUACAUGGUGGGAGAGCAAACUGUACACAUAUACUUAUCUUGCCUUUCCUCUUGUACUGCGAAAAUGGAGUUUAGAAUAACCAGAAAGCUGUUUGAUACUUUUUGACUUCCAAGAUGAGAGGCCGCUCUCCUGUGGAUAUGUAGUUCGGAAUAACCAGAAAGCUGUUUGAUACUUUUUCACUUAUUUACGCACGCGUCGUCGUACUUUAGCUAUAAUAGUUCAGGACAAAGGAGGACCUUAUUACACUAUACAUGGUGGGAGAGCGAACUGUACACAUAUACUUAUCUUGUCUUUCCUCUUGUACUGCGAAAAUGGAGUUUAGAAUAACCAGAAAGUUGUUUUGAUAUUAAUUUACUUAUUGUGAACAUUUGCAAACGCUUAACACAAAUACUAAUCUUGUCUUUCCUCUACUAGCAUUAUACUUGUUCCAUUUCCAAGUCAGCAAAUCGCACAUAUAGUACUUUUCGGAGCUUUACCCAUACACUGUUGUAUUUGUAGUGGAGAUUUACAAUAAAGAAUAGUCAAAUACUAAA